AUGGUGGAAGGGAGAGUGGAUCCCAUAAAAGUACCAAAGCUUCCUUUUGAUAUUAUCAGUGAGAUUUUGAGCUGGUUGCCUGUCCAGUCUUUGCUAAGAUUCAGGUGCGUGUGCAAGCAAUGGUGUUUGUUGUUGACUCAAGACCACCAGUUUAUUGCCAAACAUAGCGGCCGAGCCAGUCGUCUGCUACUUCCACGUAUGUCAGGCCCAGGAAAAAUUCUUUAUGACGAAAACUUCAAGUUUCUUUACCAUUUGUCCGGAGGCUUGUUAAUGGAGAUGAGCCUAAAAAAUUCUCGAGUCUACAGAAUCAGAAAUCCUGUAACCCAUCAAGUGCUUUACUUGCCUGAUGCGCCUGAAGGCACGGAUGAAAUCGACAUUGCAUUUAAUUCAUUCACUCGUGAGUGUAAAGUGGUAUGUGUUCAUGGUGAAGACGGAGAAGAGGUCGGUUUUGAAGUUCUAACAGUUGGAAAGGAUGAGCAAUGGAGACCCCUCAAACACCCAAACCAAGACUUACUAAAGCAACAUGGCAAGCAGGCGCUGAAACAAAAAUAUUGGCCAGCAGCUUACAAGGCUGAAGGGCUUGGCCAUUUCACUCAACUUAUUUCAGACGGGAAAGAUUUGUACAUGGAAAUUCAAUCUCUUGAGAUCUGGAGUGAACGUUUCACUACUAAUACUGUGCCCCGGGGAUUUUUUGCAGACUUGAAUGAAGUUUCGGUUUUAACUUGGAAUCACUGUCUAGCUGUUCGCAAUAUAACAGAGGAGAACCUUAAUGUCUUGGUGUUAGAGGACUUCAAGGAGCACAAAUGGAGUCAAAACAAGAUCAUCGUUCCGUUGACAUUUUUAAAGGACCGCCCGGAAUGGAAGGACAAAAUUGUUCAUGCCAUUGGCAUACCUAAGUCUGGUGUACUGCAAUUGGCUAUUAAUCAUGUUUACCGAGACGGUAUUACUAAAACAAUAAUAGUUAUUGACUAUGAUAUGAGUAGCCAGACAGUAAUACAUGAGCGCAAACCUCCACCGCCCUUUCCAUUGCCUGAAACUUGUUGGCAUGAUCCAAGCCUGAUAGCUCUUAAAGGAAUGAAAUCAGAGAAGGCUGGCUUUUCUCCUGGUGAUGGCUUUUUAAUCUGCUUUUUCUAG